AUGUGUCCUUCCGCUAGGCGGGCUGGGACUUGCUGCCGGAGGAAAAAGAGGCCGCGGGCGGAGCGGACUCAGCCGGCCUCUGAAAACGCGAGGAGUGGGGCGGCGACGCGCCAGCGGUGAGGCCGUUCCCGGCCGGCGCGGGGGCGGGGAAGGCGCUAGGCAAGCGGUCGCCGCGGAGGGAUCUCGCCUCCAUGGUGGUUUUGCGGAGCAGAGGCGCCCUCCGCGGGCCGCCCUUUGCCAUCAUGGAGUCCAGCUCCGAGUUCAUCUCCCUGCAAACCACCGCGCUCGGCACCCGACGCACCUGGACGCGCUCGCAGGGCGCCUCGACCGCCGCUGGGCCCGAGGGGGCGGAGAGGAGGAGGAGGAGAGCGGCUAGAUUUUCCUCUGGCAAAAUGGAAUGUUUUCAUGGACACUGUUUAAGACCAACAAGAAAAAACAUCACUCCAUGUUUGGAUUCCAGCUUUGAGAAAAGUAUGGAAAUAUUGAGUGAAAAUGUCAAUAGAAGACACUUUGGAAGGCAAUUGGCAAAGCCAAAACCUGACCCGAAAAAAGAAUAUAAGGAAGUCACGAGGACACUAAAAACCAGAGCUGAUGUAAAAGCUGUGAAACAAGUCUAUGAAGAAAAUGAGGAUUUGGAGGUCCGCAGAAGCUGCAGACUCCGACGAAGCCGCUAUACUACCACAAAUCAGUCUGUUCUGUUUGAUGCACUUAUAACAAAUACUGCAGAAGCAGUGUUGCAAAAAAUGGAUGACAUGGAGAAGAUGCGUAGACGCCAUAUAAAGGGCCUGGAAGACUUUGGGGUGUUCAACAGUGCUGAAGAAAAUCUUAAUAUGUUUUCCCGUGGAAAGAAAGAAAGUCAAAGCAGUGAUGAACCUGACAAUCAACCGGAGCUUGAAGAGUCAUCAGAAGAAAGCGAAGGGAAGGAAGAUAAUGUUGAAGAUAAUCGAAAGCGUUAUGACUUCCGGCAGAGGAAAAUUGCUGUGCCCUACCAAGCUCCACUGGAAACACCGAGACAACGUAACAUGCUUUUUCCUGCCACAGCCAGGUACUCAUUUAGAAGCCUUCCAUCUCGAACUGCUUGCAGCAAACAGCCGGACAGACUGGGAUGUUCAGCCCACAACGCCGAUUCCACGUCGUCCUCAUCUGAUGAGGAGAGUGUUGAGAGGCGUCAGAUGGGCAGCCGUAACAAGACUCAGAGAAGGUGUCUUCCAGCAAACUUCCAGGAGGAUGAGCAGAAGGGAGUUCGCAAGGAUCAGAAGAAAACUGGAAAAAGUCUGGCUGACACUGAUCCAGUCCAAAUUGAUAGUUUGGUGCGAUUUGAUGCUGUGGGCGGUCUUUCUGACCACAUUUCAGCUUUAAAAGAAAUGGUCAUUUUUCCGCUGCUUUAUCCAGAGGUGUUUGAGAAAUUCAAAAUUCAACCGCCAAGAGGAUGUCUAUUCUAUGGCCCACCAGGAACUGGAAAGACCUUGGUUGCACGUGCCCUUGCUAACGAAUGUAGCCAAGGGAACAGGAAAGUCUCCUUUUUUAUGAGAAAAGGUGCAGAGUGCCUGAGUAAAUGGGUUGGAGAGUCCGAAAGGCAACUUCGUUUAUUAUUUGAUCAGGCGUAUCAGAUGAGGCCUUCGAUUAUCUUUUUUGAUGAGCUAGAUGGCCUUGCUCCUGUCCGGACCAGUAAGCAAGACCAGGUUCAUAGCUCUCUUGUAUCAACACUUCUGGCGCUCAUGGAUGGGUUAAACAGCAGAGGGGAGGUGGUUGUAAUUGGAGCGACCAACCGACUAGAUUCCAUCGAUCCUGCGUUACGCAGACCAGGACGCUUUGACCGGGAAUUCCUCUUCGGCCUGCCCAAUAAAGAGGCCAGAAAAGAAAUUUUCAAGAUUCAUACCCGUGACUGGACCCCUAAGCUGCUGGACACCUUUAUAGAUGAGCUUGCUACAGAGUGUGUUGGGUACUGCGGCGCCGAUAUAAAAUCUCUGUGCGCUGAGGCUGCUCUGUGUGCCCUCCGCCGACGCUACCCUCAGAUCUACAUGAAUAGUGAGAAAUUGCAACUAGAUGUCAAUUCUAUUAAAAUAGAAGUAAAAGAUUUUGUGAUGGCUAUGGAAAAGAUUGUUCCAGCCUCACGGAGGGCUGCGUCUUCACCGGGACGAGCACUGUCCCCUAUUAUGAAGCCUCUUCUAGGAAAUACGCUCUUGAGAAUUUUACGAGCCCUUCAAAAGGUAUUUCCUCAUGCAGAGCUUGCACUGAAGAAGGACCAGCAGCAAGGCAGCUUAAAUCCUAUCUUAAAAGGUGGUGCAAUUGACAGUGGUGAUGAAUCACCCUCAAUCUUUGAAGAGAAUAUAGCAGAUAAAACGCCUCGCAGACCGCAGGAGAAAUUCUUCAAUUUUAGUAGGAAUGCUUACUGGCAGCCUAUGUCCUGCAGGCCACACCUGCUAUUAGCAGGAAAGCCAGGAUGUGGCCAGACAUCCCACUUGGCACCUGCUGUUUUGCACGCUCUGGAAAUGUUUCCAGUUCAUACUCUGGACCUGUCGGUUUUAUUUGUUAGCGCAGCAUCACCAGAAGAAACAUGUGCACAGUUGAUCCGAGAAGCUCAGCGGACAACACCAAGCAUAAUUUAUAUCCCACAUAUCCAUUUGUGGUGGGACGGGGUUGGAGCUACAGUGAAAGCUACCUUUAUGUCACUACUACAGAACAUUCCAACAUUUGCUCCAGUCUUGCUGCUUGCAACAUCAGAUGUACGCUACACAGAUCUCCCAGAUGAGGUACAAACAUUGUUUAACAGAGAUUUUGGAGAAGUUUUCUAUAUCCAGUCUCCUGAUAAGGAUGAAAGAAGAAAAUUUUUUGAGGACUUGAUUUUGAAUCAAGCUGCUAAACCUCCCCCUUCAAAAAAGAAAGCAGGUGAGCAGAUGUUGGAAACACUGCCUGUGGUACCACCACCCGCACCUCGACCUCUGACAAAGGAAGAAAUGAAUCGUCUGGAGGAGAAGGAGGAGGAUACCUUGCGUGAACUUCGAAUUUUCUUGAGGGAUGUUACUCAUAGACUUGCCAUCGACAGACGUUUCAGGGCAUUUACAAAGCCUGUUGACCCGGAAGAAGUACCCGACUAUGACACAGUUAUUAAACAGCCAAUGGAUCUUUCAACAGUUUUGUCUAAGAUUGACUUGCACCAAUACCUAACUGCAAGAGAUUUUCUGAAAGAUAUCGAUCUCAUCUGUAGUAAUGCUUUAGAAUACAACCCAGAUAAAGACCCUGGAGAUCGUCUCAUUAGGCACAGAGCUUGUAGUUUGAGAGAUACUGCGUAUUCUAUUGUGAAGGAAGAAAUAGAUGAAGAUUUUGAACAACUCUGUGAAGAAAUUAAAGAAUCUCGUAAGAAAAGAGGUUGCAGCUCUUCAAAGUAUGCUCCAGCUUUCUACACAGUGAUGCCAAAGCAAAACUCUGCUCCUGAAUGUACGGAAAUAGACGCAAAGUCCAGUGAAAAAACAAAGAUGACAGUGGCACCUGUAGAUGCCAGUACGCCUCUCUCCAAUGAUUUGUCAAGAAGAAAACGCAGAAAAAAUAUGCCCUCUUUAGCCACUGCAGCAAAGAGAAGAAGGAGUUUUCAGUUCAAUAAAGAGAAUCAAGUUCCUGAAAAUGACCAAUACGAGAGUGAUGAAGAUUUUCUCGGAAGCUAUAUUUCAAACACAGACCAGAACGAAGUCGAAUCCUCACAGGAUUCUGUUUGGGAAGAAAGUGAAACUGUUCUUCAGCAACGACAGACAAAUGGCAAAGAAAAUAAAGCUGGGUCAGAAAAUGAGAGAGAACGAGGGUUUUUUGGUAUGGAUACAUCUGCUGCUGAAAAGGAGAGUGUCAGGCUGCCUGGACACUUAGACCUGAGAAGGGAAAGCGACUUUUCUGUUUGCCCAAAACCAGAAAGCUCUGAAGAGCAAGAGGCAAAUGAUCCUUGGGUACUUUCCAUGACUCGUGCAAGACGUUCUCAGGCAGAACGGAGGCAGAUGAGUGUUGAGAAAGCUAUGGACAUUCUGACAGAGCCGGCUGCUGUAAUGAUUGUGGAUUACUGUGAGCUCAGACAACUGUUGCGAAUGGUCACUGAGCUAACGAAGGAAGUUGACGUAUCUCAUCUUGAAAAAUUAUAUGCUGCAAUUUACCAGUGUAUUUAUCAACAUCGGGAAAAUUAUGACAAAACUGAAUUAGUGAAGGAAAUAAGGAAAGAAAUUAAAGCCUUCCGCUCAGCACUGAUGUGAUCUUCGACAUGCUUGACUUCUGUUCUGUAAAGUUGUUUUGGUUGCAUGCUCUUCUGUUAUUUUUGUGUGUAAUUCAGUACUUUACAUAUAUUUUAAGAUAUAUUUGUUUUAUAUAUUUUUAAAGUUCAGAAACUCUUUUUAAGUGCUUUUAUUUUAUAUUCCUUCCCUGUAUUUGUUGAUAUUCUGUGAUGAAUAGUGAGCUCGGACAGAAGGAAUACACAGUCUUUUGAGAUCAGUGUUUUCAGCUGUCCUCUCCGUUACACAGCACCUUAGUCUUGUGUCGUGUGGUUUGUGAAGUUCUGCAGUCAGUGCCUUCGUCACAAUGUAGAUGUGAAUGUCUUCCAGAUGCUUCCAGUGCCUCUUUUUAAAAGGAAACGAUGGAUGACUUGAUAAGCUUUUAUCGUCCUUUCCCAGAUAUAUAUUUUUUCUGCAGAAAUCUCUGGUGGUAUAUAUUGUACAGCAUGGUAUGAAAGGGUUUUAAAACAAGUCAGAUUCUGAUAUAAGAAGUCUAAUUCCUUUAGAAAACUCUCACUGCAGUUCAGAGUUUUUUGUUUGUUUUGUUUUUUUAGUUGCCCGAUAGCAUCUCAAGUGGCAUUCCUGGAGUUAACAACCUAAAGUAUGUGGGAGAAAACUCUUCCACAAAGAUUUUCUGCUAUGACAUAUUUUCAACAAUUAAAAUCCCAACCUGAGGCAAAGCCAGAUUUGCUGUUGAAGCUUUCUAACAUGAAGCUUGGUCUUGCUUCUAACAGUGACAAUCUUUAUACUGGAAAAUAGCAUUUUAAUAUUUAUUAAUUUAAUAUAAAUUAUUAGUUGCACGGAUGGCGCCUUUAUAGUUGAAUUAAAUUUGUAAAUAAUUUUCUUAGUGACCGAGAGAAUUCUAUUUGUCUAUUUCUUAAAACUAAAUAUAUUUCACUAAGAAUAUAUGUAAGUAAUAUCAGAGCAAGACUCUGUUUUGGAGGUAGAUCUCUCUUCAAACCAGUAGAGAAAAUUAACUGUUAAUGUGACAAUUUUUUAAAGUAAGCCUAAGAUGGGGAAAGUUUUGCUUUUCAAAAAACAACUACAUCGUGAUGAAAUAUGUAGCAGUAGCUGUUGCUGUUAUGUCACCGAAUACCUAAGUGUGCAAUCCCUGUGUUUGUUUUCUUAUGUUUUCUUGUUUCUUUCUCAUGUGUGUCUCAACAUUUCUAUACUAUGCGGGAUUUUUUCUUUCAUCUGUAUUGUUUGGAUGAGUAUUAAUGGAAAACAAAUGCCCAUUUGUUUCUUUCUAUUCAAUAAAAAUCUUAAAAAAAAAAAA